CUCGCGAUUGCCUGACGUUGGUUUUGCGUUCGGUGACGAAAUGAAUUCGAUGUCGAUUUCGAUGUUGUUUUCGUUGUCGGCACGCGCAGUUUUUUUCAAAGGUCACGGGCAGUGAACGGACGGUCGUGCGGGCGAGCGGGUGGGCGGUCUGACGGAAGGACGGACAGUCUGCGCCGUGCGCCAACAUGGACUUCGCCAGCGUAUUGAACAAAAGCGAACCACAUCAGCGCACUAUAAUACAUCUGGAUAUGGAUUACUUCUAUGCCCAAGUAGAGGAGAUACGUGAUCCCACAUUACGUUCCCGUCCGCUGGCCGUCCAACAGAAAAACAUUGUGGUCACCUGCAACUAUAUAGCCAGGGAUCAGGGGGUUAGUAAGUUAAUGCUAGUGACGGAGGCGCAACGUGUCUGUCAGAACCUGGUGCUGGUCAAAGGCGAAGAUCUGGCGCCAUAUCGCCUCAUGUCCCAGAAAAUCUUCGAUCUGCUGCUCAACUACACGCCCGACGUGGAGAAACUGGGCUUCGAUGAGAACUUCAUGGAUGUCACAGCGCUCGUGGAUCUGCGGCAAGCACACGCGGCGGAGGCACAACGAAAGCCCGCAAUUGGACACAUUUAUCCCUCGGAUGGCACACCACUGUCAGCCUGCAGCUGUGGCUGUGCCCAGCGUCUGGCGAUUGGCACUCGCAUCGCGCAGGAGAUUCGGGAUGAGCUGCAUCUGCGCCUGGGCAUCACCUGUUGUGCCGGCAUCGCAUACAACAAGUUGCUGGCCAAACUGGUGGGCAGUCGACACAAACCCAAUCAGCAAACGGUGCUGGUCUCCACAUAUGCGGAGCAAUUCAUGCGGGAACUCAAUGAUUUGCACAGUGUGACGGGAAUUGGACAGAAGACGCAGUCACUCCUCAUUGAGGCUGGAGUGACGAGUGUGGAGCAACUGCAGCAAUGCGACAUGGAGUUUAUGCGCAAGAAGUUUGGCUUUGAGACAGCCACCAAAUUGAGGGAUUUGGCAUUGGGUCGUGAUGGCAGCUCAGUCCGGGCAACCGGAAAACCCAAGACAAUAAGUGUGGAGGACUCCUGCAAGGCCAUUUCCGUGCAUACGGAUGUCACGGACAAGUUUCGCAUGCUGCUCAAGCGACUGAUGGAACAGGUGGCUGAGGACGGUCGCAUUCCCAUUGCCAUUAAGGUGGUGCUACGGAAAUUUGACUCACAGAAGAAGAGCAGCCAUCGGGAGACGAAGCAAGCCAACAUUCUGCCCUCCCUCUUCAAGACCUCCGUGUGCGCCGGAGAAACGGGCGUCUGCAAGGUGCAGCUGGCGGAUGGCGCCUUGGACAAGCUGCUCAAGAUUAUAAUGCGCCUGUUUGAGCGCAUUGUGGAUCUGAACAAACCCUUCAAUAUCACACUAAUCGGCUUGGCCUUCUCCAAGUUUCAGGAGCGCAGAGUCGGCUCCUCGUCCAUAGCCAACUUUCUGAUCAAAAAGGCCGACUUGGAGGUGCAGUCCAUAACAUCGCUAACGAACACGAGUCUCACCAGUCCAACGGCGGAUGGCAGCCCGACGGCAAUAAGCGGGGAUGAAGCCGCUUUUCGAUCCUCACCGACCACCUUUAAGCCCAGUGAUCAGUUCUACAGACGACGCGCUACCACGGCGUCUCCGGUGCCCAUGCUCAUGGACAAUGGCUCCGAGUCGGGGGCCACCAACUCGGAUUUCAGUGAUUUCUCUGAAACGGAAGUGGAGCCGUCGCCCAAGAAGAGUCGCAUCGGUCGCGUUCUGGUCUCGAAGCGCAGUCGCCUGGCCGUCGAUGUGGCGGAUUCGGCGGCAGACGUGGCCUCACCCAGCAAACUGCGCGUGUGUGAUCUGCGCCUCAACUCACGGGACAGCGAGAAGGACUUUCCAAUGAGUCCGAUCGCUGGCACAUCCGGAGCAGCUGCCGCUCCACGUUUCCGCACCAUUCAGCCGCCCAACACUUUGCUAAAUCGCAUCGAUGGCAGCCUCCGUUUUAUGCCCGUCCGCACUGCCAGCCGCAUGAGCUCCAAUGCCAGUUCCACAGCCUCAUCACCGCUGCCCUCACCGAUGGAUGACACGGUCAGUGCACCAUCCACACCCACUAUUGCACCAGCGCUACAGGAAGCUGCGCCCGCACCGAGCACCGAAGCAGCAACCGGGGAUUCCCUUCCACAUAUUGCUUGUCCCGCUGGCGUAGACGCGCAAGUCUUCAAGGAACUGCCCGUGGAGUUGCAGAACGAAUUGAUUGCCUCCUGGCGCAGCUCCCUAGUUGUGGCAGCCGCCAGUGCAGCGGCUGUGGAGCAGGCGACAACCAGCAGCAACUCCUCCUCCGUUAGCAACUCAGCCAGCGCCAGCAACAGUGGUGGUGGCCAGCAGAAGAAUACGUUAUACCGAUAUUUCCUGAGGAACAAGUGAUGAGGUGCGUUCAACGCAUCUCUGCUUAACUUAAUUAAGAUUGAUUUCUACAUACAUAUAUGAAUAUAUAUAUGUACUUGUAUUUUUGUAGGUUUGUGGUAUUAGCAUGUAUAUGUCAUAGAUAUGAGCUGAAUUCAAUACAUUUAUUUAUUCAUAAG